GGCCAAUGUGAAUCUGGUACAGCUUUCAAUGACUCCAUAUGCAACAGGAAGCUCAUUGGAGCACGUUUCUUCAACAAGGGACUCUUAGCAGAGGACCCCAAUCGCACGAUAUCCAUGAAUUCUGCAAGGGACACCGACGGCCAUGGCACGCACACCGCAUCAACUGCUGCUGGAAACUACGCUGGAGGAGCUUCAUAUUUUGGCUAUGGUGCGGGCACUGCGAGGGGCGUAGCCCCGCGCGCUCGGCUAGCUAUCUACAAGGUCAUUUGGGAAGAAGGACUGGUUGCUUCUGAUACCCUUGCUGCCAUGGAAAGGCAAUUGCAGAUGGUGUGGAUGUGAUCUCACUCUCCAUGAGCUUUCGGCGAACUACUCCUCUCUACGAAGACCCCAUUGCGGUUGGUGCGUUUGCAGCAAUGGAGAAAGGGAUCCUUGUCUCUGCAGCUGCAGGAAACAGGGGACCUGAGUCCAGGACCCUCCGCAAUGGAUCUCCCUGGAUCCUCACAGUUGGUGCUACCACCAUAGAUCGCCAAUUCUCCGGCGUUGUCACUCUCGGAAAUGGAGCUUCCUUCGUCGGCUCAUCCUUGUAUAUUGGUAAGAAGACGGUGAAAAAUCUACCGCUGCACUAUAGUGCAUCCUGCGGUUCAAGUGAUGAUCUAAAGAAUGUAACGAAGAAGGUUGUUGUAUGUGAGGGGGCCGAUGAAUCAUCAGUAUCCGAGACCUCAACUGUUGCAGAUGCAAAGGGCGCAGGCGCAUUGCUCCUAACAAACGUCUCGCUUGUCAUAAGAGCAACAAAUUUCGAGUGCCCAGCAUCUGUAUUGAAUCCCAAAGAUUCAGCAGCCAUAAGGAAGUAUGUGAAAACCAGCAAGAAUCCAACUGUUAGCCUGACAUUCCGCAGGACUUUUACCGGCAUAAAACCGGCGCCUACCUAUGCAGAAUUCAGCUCAAAGGGUCCAUCAUUCGGCACUUCAUCCAUACUGAAACCAGACGUUGUGGCACCUGGUACUCUUAUAUUGGCAGCUUAUUCUCCUAAUGUAUCUGCUGCAACCUUGCAGGGAAAGUCAUUCUUUAGCAACUUCACCCUCUUGUCUGGAACAUCAAUGGCAUGCCCUCACGCCGCCGGGCUCGCAGCGCUGCUGAAGUCUGCUCAUCCGGACUGGAGUCCGGCCGCAAUCUGGUCGGCCAUGAUGACGACUGCUAACAUUUUGGAUAAUACUGGGAAGCCCAUUUACGAUGGUGCAUCUCCUAUCGCCAUAGGAUCAGGUGAGAUCAAUCCAAACAAGGCCAUGGACCCUGGCCUGGUCUAUGAUGCUGGUCGAGGAGACUAUGUCAAGUUCCUCUGUGCCCUGAAUCUUACGAGAGCAGAGUUCCAGGCAAUUGCAAGAAACUCUUCCGACUACGAUCGAUGCAAAGGGGGGAAUCUUGAUUUGAACUACCCGUCUUUCAUCAGUUUCCUAGAUUCAGAACAGUCCUCUGGUGUGUGGAGGUUUCAGAGGACGGUGACAAAUGUAGGAGAUGAUGGUCCUACGACUUACACUGCCAAGCUCACAAAAAUGAAGGGCUUUAGCGUGACAGUGACUCCAUUAAAGCUCACAUUCCAGAGGAAAAACCAGAAAGCCUUGUUUUCUCUCACAUUGAAAGUGAAGCGGCCCAUGAAAGACCCCAUAGUUUUUGGGUUCCUGACAUGGGUGGAUGACCAAGAAAAGCAUACUGUAAGGAGCCCAGUCGUGGCUACCACUAUAAGAGAGACAGAAUAAGAUUUCUGCUCAUAAUUUGUUCAAGAACAGAGGUAUCCACGAGGUACUCCUACAUGAAUAAAUUGUCAAGGAAGCCAUUUUUGAGAUUAAUAAGCUCUUGCCAUGCA